AUGUUGCCCGGACGAAGUAAAACGUGCGUCAACUUAUCACUGGAGCAACGACUGGACAUCUUGCGACAAUUGGAAGACCGUGUGCCGCAGAACCAAUUGGCCAAGAACUACGGUAUCAGCGUUGUAACCAUACAUCGUAUCAAGAAGAACGCGGUCCAAAUACGACAACAAUCCCAGACACCGGGAACCGAAGGUAAGAAGAGAUUUCGGAGGCCCGUGCUUGACGAGUUGGAUACACGUUUAUACACAUGGUACCAACAGCGUCGAGCAGUCGACCAACGUAUCACCAACGCGAUACUUCAAGAGAAGGCGGUGGAGCUAAACGAGGAAUUCGGUGGUCCGUCGUCGUUCUCAGCCUCCAACGGCUGGAUAUGGCGAUUCAAACAACGCCACUGCAUAAACUUUCACGAUUCCAAUAACGAAAACUCAUUAAUCGACACGAGGACAACGGAGGAAUUCGCUCAGCGCUUUUUACAGCGUCUUGAGCAGGAAGGCAUAAAGUUGCAGAACUUGUAUAGCAUGGACGAAACGGGAUUAUCGUGGAAGUGUCUUCCAUCGAAGACGCUGAUCCACACGACCAGAGUUUACGGGAAGAAAAAUAAACAUAAUCUAGUCACCAUAGGGCUGUGCGCGAAUGCAAUUGGAACGCACAAGCUACCGCCGCUCUUCAUCCACAGGUGCGCGACGCCGAGAGCCUUGAAGCACUGCUGGGACCGUUUGCCGGUAAUUUUCAAGGCGCAAAAGAACGCUUGGAUGAGCCAGAACGUAUUUGCCGAUUGGCUCGAGAAGCAUUUCAAACCGGCCGUCAGAAAUCAGCAGUUCGAAACGGGUACUCGUGGAAAGGUGUUAUUAUUAAUAGACAAGCGUAAAGCUCAUAGCGUAUUGCCGCAGCAACUGCAAAUGGAGGACAACGAUAUCGAAGUCGUGUAUUUUCCAGCGAACGCGUCGUCGAGUUUGCAGCCAAUGAGACAGGGGAUAAUGAAAAGCGUGAAGAUAUCCUUCCGUCGUCGCAUGUUGAGCCGAAUCUUAAACUUUCCGGCCGGUGUCUUGGAAUUCUACGCGGAUUACGAUAUAAAGGACUGCAUCGAUUUAGUGAACGAAGCCUGGACGGACGUGACACAGGUCGACAUCUACAACUCGUGGAAGAAAUUAUUGAGAUUCGGUCCAACAGCGGCGGAGGAGACGGGGGAAGGGCAUAACAAGGAAAACCCUGGCGACACGUUGGAUGUUACCAUGCUUAAAGACACGGUAAAAACGAUCGUAAAGGAGGCUGUUUCUCACAAGGAGAUCGAGGAGUGGCUCUCGAUCUGUGAGAAAGCAGAGAGCGAUCCAAACGAUCUCGAGGCGGAAGAAGAGGACUACCCCGACGAAAGAGCAACCGUUCAUUUAGACGUGGAUGAAAUCGAACGAAUAAUUGCAAAUUUAAUACUGUGGUCCGAAACGCAAUCUGAUUUUGUUAAGCUGCACGCGCGCGUAGUAAAAGAUUACUACGACCUGAUGCAUUAACAAAGUG